AGCAGCAAAAACAGGGGAAAUGAGAGGCUACCAAUCUUCUUCCCUAUUGUCUCCAGUCAAGUUCAAAGCAGACUGCCGUUUUUAUCUCGCUCUUUCCUCUACUUCUUCUCCAGAAUCCUCACUUCUUUUUCCAAACUUGUUAACUUCUUUUCUAUUACUGUUGUUAUUCAUGAUGUCCGCUCAAAUGGAACAAGACACUGCUCAACUUCAACAACAAGAGACUGUCACUGAAAAAGCUAUGGAAACAGAGACUGUGCAGGUUGAAGAAAAGAAACACGAAGAUGAGGAUAAAAAGAAGGAGGUUGCUGUUGUUGAAGAAAGAAAUAUUGAUGAUAAUGAUAAAGAAGAGAUUUCUACUUCCCCCAGAAGAAUCCAGAAGAGUUCUUCGUUCAAAGAAGAGAGCGAAAGCGAUUUCUUAUCUGAUUUGAAAGAACACGAAAAGAAAGCAUUGUUGGAUCUCAGGUCCAAAAUUGAAGAAGCGAUUCUUCAGAAUAAGAUUUUUGAAGAGAAGAAAGAGCAAGAAAAGGGAAAAACUGGGGAAGAUAAAGAUCAGAAAGAGAAAUUGAAGGGAAAAAGCAACAAAGAAGAGGAUUCUGAAACAGAAGCAACCGCUGCAUCAAUUGAAGAAACUGCCGUAGAAAUUUCUGCAAAGCAAGCAAAUGGAGAUAUCAUUGAUGAAAAUAAUGUAGAGAAAGCAGAGCCUGACCAAAAAGUAGACAGAGAUAUUGCAAUUUGGGGAGUACCAUUAUUGCCUAGCAAAGGAGAUGAUAGAACUGACGUUCUACUUUUGAAAUUCUUAAGGGCUAGAGAGUUCAAAGCAAAUGAUGCUUUUGAGAUGUUGAAAAAUUCUCUUCAGUGGAGAAAGGAAAACAAGAUUGAUUCAAUCUUGGAAGAGGAUCUUGAGGCUGAUCUUGGAUCUAUGGCCUAUAUUGCAGGAAAUGAUCGCGAUGGACAUCCAAUAUGUUACAAUAUAUUUGCAGUUCUUGGGAACGAUGAUUUAUAUGGUAAGGCAUUUGAAGAGAAGCGGGGGAAAUUUAUGAGGAGUAGGAUCCAACUGAUGGAGAAGACUAUUCAAAAGCUGGAUUUCAAUCCUGGUGGUGUAUCUGCAACAUUGCAAAUCAAUGAUCUCAAAAACACUCCUUUACCUACCAAGAAAGAACUCCGGAUCGCUACAAAGAAAGCUGUUGAUCUUCUUCAGGACAAUUACCCUGAAUUUGUUUCAAAAAAUAUCUUUAUCAAUGUUCCUUUCUGGUAUUACGCAUACUUUGCUCUCUUUUCACCUUCUCUGUCUCAAAGAGCCAAGAACAAACUCAUUUAUGCUCGAACAGCAAGAGUAACAGACACCUUGCUCAAGUACAUUAGUGCAUCGGAAAUUCCAGUCCAGUAUGGUGGGCUUAAACGCGAAAACGAUGCUGAAUUCUCAGUUAAAGAUGAUGUAAAAGAGGCAGUCGUCAAGGCAGGAUCAGAAGAAACUAUUGAGAUUCAAGCAGUAGAGGUAGGAAGCACUUUAAUCUGGGAUGUGACAGUAUCUGGUUGGGAAGUGAAUUACAAGGAAGAAUUUGUGCCAACUGAUGAGGGUUCGUACACCAUAAUAGUUCAGAAAGGAAGGAGGAUAGCUUAUCAGGAAGGAACAAUUCGCAAUACUUUUACCAACAAAGAACCUGGAAAGAUUGUCAUUACAAUUGAGAACGGAGCAUUCAAAAAGAAAAAGAUUCUGUAUCGAUACAAGAUAAAGAAUUCAGAAGCAGAAGCAUCAUCUUCAUCUUCUUGAGGAUCUUAGAAGUAUACAUUUCUUUUUUCUAAUAUUUUUGUUUGAGAGAUAGAGGGGAUAUUAAUAUUGAUUCAGUCAGUUUAGGCAAAUAAUAGAGAAAUGGGUGAAUGUUUGUUCUUUUGUCAGGUUUUGAAUUGAAAGCCUGUUUUUUGCUUUUUGAUGUAUUGGUUCUUUUGAAUUUCUAUGAUAUAGUGUAGUCAUUUUUAAAGCAAGGUAUUUCUUCUCUUUAUAAGGGUUA